AUGUCGAGCCUUUGUCCGCGAUACUUUUACCACCCCACCUCGCGCCGUGUCUUUGCCUCUCAGGACGUCACCUUUGACGAGUCGGUACCCUUUUACCGUCUCUUCCCCUACCGCACUGCCCCGCUUCCCCCCCCGCCGCUCUUCCUCACCCCAGGUGUCCCGUCGGUAGACCCCCUCCCUCCCCAGGGUGCUGCUCCCUCAGGUGUUUCCCAGGUAGACCCGGUCGAGCCUGUCGAGGUAGCUGUUGACUCUGGUCCUGCGCGAGGUGCUGAGCGUGCUGAGCCUGGUGGUGCUGGGUCUGGGGGUACUGAGCCUGGGGGUGCUGAGCCUGGGGGUGCGGAGACUGGGGGUGCUGAGCCUGGGGGUGCGGAGACUGCGGGUGCUGAGCCUGGGGGUGCUGCGACUGGGGGUGCUGAGCCUCGAGGAGCUGAGGCUGGGGGGUCUGCUGGAGUUGGGGCUGGUGGCCCUGCGGGUGCAGUGUUGCAGCCGGAGCCUCCCUCCCCUCAGCGGCUACGUGAGUGGUACGCUCGGCGCUGCAGCCUCCGGAGUGGAGCUCCUGGUGUUGAGGUACCGCCAGCUGGAGGCCCUGCUGCUACUGGAGGUCCUGGAGCUGCUGGAGGUGCUGCUGGUGCUGGUGCUGCUGGAGGUGCUGGAGCUGCUGGAGGUGCUGCUGGUGCUGGUGCUGCUGGAGGUGCUGGAGCUGCUGGAGGUGCUGCUGGUGCUGCAGGAGGCUCUAGAGCUGCUGGAGGUACUGCUGGUGCUGGUGCUGCUGGAGGUGCUGCUGGUGCUGGAGGUGCUGCUGCAGCUGCUGGAGGUCCUGGAGCUGCUGGAGGUGCUGCUCAUGCUGCUGGAGGUCCUGGAGCUGCUGGAGGUGCUGGAGCUGCUGGAGGUGCUGCUGGUGCUGCUGGAGGCUCUGGAGCUGCUGGAGGUGCUGCUGGUGCUGCUGGAGGCUCUGGAGCUGCUGGAGGUGCUGCUGGUGCUGGUUCGGCAGGAGGUUCUGGUGCUGUCUCUGCUGCUUCUGGGGGCACUUCACGGCCGCGGCCGUACUUCGUUCCGCUCCUUCAGCAGGUUCUUGGUCAGUCGCCUCCUCCUAGUCCUCCUCCCUCCUUAGCUUGUCCUCCGCCUGUCCAGUCGCAAUCGCACCUACCACCUGCCUCGCCACUUCGUGGUCCCUCUCCCUACACUGGUCCGACAGGCGGUCUUACAGAGCGUCGUGAGCCUGAGUCUCGUCCUGUGUCGCCUGUGUCUCGUCCAGUGUCACCUGUUCGUGCUGCUCGCACUGGUCGCCGUGUUCCGCAGUCUGACUCUCUUCGUGCUGCCAGUCCUACUGUCACGCGUCUCCUGGCCACUGUUGUCACUGACCCUUCCUUUGAGACUGCUGCUGCGUCUGCCCUAGUUGCUGAGCUUGUCGACUUUGCUGCUCGCUGUCGUCUAGACUACGCCGAGAUUCUUGUUGCUGAGUCUGAGUCUGUCUGUCCUCCGUCCGUCGGGGGUGAGUGUGCUCUAGGCACGGACGUCCUUGAGGACAGACAGGAGGACCUUGAGUGUCUUGCAGCCGCUGCGCCUCAUCUCGUGUCCAUGCUGCUUGCCUCUGAGGGAGACCCGGAUGCUCCAGACAUCCCUACCCCGCGCUCUUACGCUGAGGCGAUCACGGGUCCCUACUCCUCUCAGUGGCAGACAGCCAUGGAUGCAGAGAUGGCAUCCUGGAAGUCCACUGGCACCUACGUCGACGAGGUUCCCCCUCCUGGGGCGAACAUCGUCAGUGGCAUGUGGAUUUUCAAGGUGAAGCGGCCGCCAGGUUCUCCGCCUGUCUUCAAGGCUCGUUACGUUGCUCGAGGCUUCAGUCAGCGAGAGGGAGUAGAGUUUUUUCAGACCUUCUCCCCCACCCCGAAGAUGACCACUCUUCGAGUGCUGCUGCACGUUGCUGCUCAGCGUGACUACGAGCUUCACUCUCUUGACUUCAGCACAGCUUUCUUGCAGGGCACCCUGCACGAGGAGAUCUGGCUGCGCCGCCCUCCUGGCUUCACUGGGUCGUUUCCUCCUGGUACCCAGUGGAGCCUCCGCCGGCCGGUCUACGGUCUCCGCCAGGCGCCACGUGAGUGGCACGACACACUGAGGACUACUCUUGCGGCACUUGGGUUCGCGCCUUCUACUGCUGACCCGUCGCUGUUUCUGCGCACCGACACUUCGCUGCCGCCGUUCUACAUCCUCGUGUACGUUGACGACUUGGUCUUUGCCACUGCUGACACUGAGGCUCUCGCCCACGUGAAUUCGGAGCUGCAGAAGAGACACACGUGCACAGACCUGGGUGAACUGCGCAGCUACCUUGGCUUGCAGAUCACCCGGGACAGAGCACGGCGCACCAUCACACUGACUCAGUCACACAUGGUGCAGCAGGUCCUUCAGCGCUUCGGCUUCACCUGGUCCUCAGCACAGGCCACUCCUCUGGCUACAGGUCACUCGCUCUCAGCUCUGCCUUCGGAUGAGUCCGUAGAGCCGAGUGGUCCUUACCCAGAGCUAGUUGGCUGCCUCAUGUACUUGAUGACUUGCACUCGUCCUGACCUAGCGUACCCUCUUGGCCUUCUGGCCCGCUACGUGGCUCCUGGCAGGCACCGAAAGGUGCACUGGGAUGCUGCAAAGAGGGUAUUGCGCUACUUGUGCAGUACAUCGGGCAUGGGGCUCGUGCUUGGAGGAGGGAGCCCAGUUGUUCUCACUGGGCACUCAGACGCUUCUUGGGUUGACGACCAGGCUACUCAGCGGUCGUCACAGGGUUACACCUUCAGCCUCGGCUCUGGCUCAGUUUCGUGGCGUUCUACACGCUCGUCUUCAGUUCUCAGCUCCAGUUGUGAGGCUGAGAUCUACGCCACAGCCAUGGCUGCACAGGAGUUACGCUGGCUCACCUACCUGCUGACCGACCUUGGAGAGCGGCCUCGUUCUCCUCCAGUGCUGUACGUCGACAACAAGGCUGCCAUUGCCUUGUGUGAGGAGCAUAGACUGGAGCACAGAACGAAGCACAUCGCUCUACGUUACUUUCUGGCUCGAGAGUUGCAGCAGCGUGGUCAGCUUCGUCUGCGUUACGUGGCCACUCAGGCCAACACUGCUGAUAUAUUCACCAAGGCGCUUCAGUCUGGUGAUCAUCAGCGUUUCUGCACUUUGCUAGGGCUUGUGCCCACUUUUCCUCACUUGUUGUAG